AUGGUCUGGAAAGGUCUCCCUCAAGGUUCUGUUCUGAGCCCACUGCUCUACAAUAUUUACACCUAUGAUCUUGAAAUGUCUGUUGAAAGUUUUUGUAACAUCCUGCAAUAUGCAGAUGACAUAGCUCUGUACGCCAGCUCCAACUCCAUGGACGAAAUUUCUACCUGUUUGAACUCUGCUUUGUAUUAUCUAGGCCAGUGGUUGUCAGAUCAUGGGCUUACACUGUCAAUCGAUAAGUGCAAGGCAGUCAUCUUCACAAGAAGAAGACAGAUUCCAAUACCCAAUGUUAUGUUUGAGGAUCAACACAUUUCUCUCGCAUGCAAAACCAAAUUUCUUGGCGUGGUUCUAGACUCCAGGCUGAACGGUGUAGCUCACUCCGACUAUGUUACCCGUAAAUGUGAAAGCAAUAUUAAUAUCCUGCGAGCCUUGUCAGGGGUAUGGUGGGGUGCCCACCCUUACACCCAAAAGUUAUUAUAUAACGCCAUAAUCCGUAGUCAUAUGGACUAUGGAUUAUUUAUUUUAGACCCUAUAAAUAAGUCGGCUUCAGAAAAAUUAAAUAAAAUUCAAUAUAAAUGCCUAAGGCUCAUUCUUGGGGCCAUGAAAUCUUCUCCCACCAAUGUAUUGCAAGUUGAAUGUGUUGACCCUCCUAGACUUCUACGGGCUCAAUAUCUCAGUGAUCGCUUUAUCUGUAAAGUAUUACAACUCUCUUCCCAUCCUUUAUUGGACAAGCUUCAUAAGCUUUCCUCCGUCUUAAGGCCAAACCAUACCCGUCCAUGCCUUUUAAAAAGUUUUGUCAAAUAUACUCAACUGCCACAUCCACUCUACUCUUCUCCCAAACUCCCCUUGUUCUCCUCCUCAUUUGCAGGGUUAACAUAUAACCCACCGAUUGCCAGUCUAGGUCUUCAUAAAGACACAAGUGAGGCAAAUGCAAAAUUUAAUGAAAUACUUCAAAACAACUGGUCCGAUUCCUUAGCAAUAUAUACAGAUGCCUCCAAGUUAUCCAACAAUGGUUGUGUUGGUGCUGCCUGCUGGAUUCCAAAAUACAAGAUAGUCCUUCAAUACAAAUGCCCCCCUGAAACAUCGGUAUUUACAGGAGAGUCUAUUGCUAUAUUAGAAGCUACCCUUUUUAUAGAGUCCCAUAACGUACAACAAUCAAUUAUACUGACAGACUCUUUAAGUUGCCUGCAAGCACUUAAAGGAAAUCCCUUCCGUAGUAAAGCUCUGAUCUCCAUCAUCUUUAAAAUCAAAGAAACUCUAUACUCCUGUCAUCAAAAAGGUCUCUCUGUUACAUUGGCAUGGAUCCCAAGUCACUCUGGUAUAAAAGGUAAUGAGAGUGCAGACUCCUAUGCAAAGCUCGCCACUGAAUCAGGUUCUCUAACAUAUUUUAAAAAUCACUCCCAGGAUCUGUGUGCUCUUGCAAAAACUGACCUUAUUAAUUCUUGGAACACAUUGUGGAUUGAAUCAAAAUCGGUUAAAGGUAAAUAUUAUGCUUCUUUGCAAUCUGAAAUUCCUCGAAGACCGUGGUUCUUUUUUCAUCAAAAUAUGGUUCGUUGGGUUGCUUCAACUAUCACCCGGUUACGUAUUGGGCACUCUUGCACUCCAGUCCAUUUGGCCAAACUGAGAAUUAGAGAUCACUCUUUGUGCGAAUGCGGUUUGGAUGAAGGGUCACCCUCCCAUAUCCUCUUUUCCUGUCCAAGACUUGUAUAUAAACUUUAUGAUGUUCUCCCUCCUAAGAUCCCUCGUCCCCUAAGUGUUGAAUGUCUCUUAAUGUUUGUGUUUAGUCCCUAUGUAAAAUUUUUGUGUAAAUAUAUUAAGUCUAACAAAAUAAAAUUGUUAUUUACUAACAUCAUAACCCAUCUAGUCCAGUUACCUACCACAAAUCGGACUGGGAUUGUCCAGAAAAGACUUGGAUGUAAAUAAACCGUUCAACCUCCUUUGUGUUUUCUCCAAACAACGCGUCUUUGGCGAAGUGAAUUGUGCUGUGUGGCACAACAAAAAGCCUUUAAAAUAAACAACAACAACAA